AUGAAUGUACGAGCAGCGCACCGUACGCUUCAAUCACUUGUGAGAGUGCGAAGUUUCGGGCUACUCGGCUGCCGGCUCGCACGGUGUACGUCAGACUUAGCGGACAGCUCAACAACUCUGUUGCCGUUGUUGCGUACACGAAGUACAGGCGUAAUACCGGUUAUCAACGUGCAGUCGAGCCGUAGCGCAUGCGUCGGUACAAGGGGGAUUCUAGAUGAGUAUGAACAGCAUAAAAACGACAGGGCCCAACUCGGUAUACCCGCAAAACCUCUCUCUGCGAAGCAAGUAUCAGAACUGAUUGCCUUGCUGGAAGCACCGAUCAGCGAAGAAGAAGACCGCAUAUAUGAUAUGCUAGUAAACUGCAUUUCACCUGGUGUCGAUGAAGCGGCAUAUGUUAAGGCAGGUUGGCUUGCAAGUGUAAGCAAAGGCAAGACUGUGAGCCCGUUAGUAUCGCGGGAAGAUGCCGUCCGUAUCCUUGGCACCAUGCAGGGUGGAUACAACAUCUCGCCUCUUAUUGAUGCACUUGAUUAUGACGACUUGGGUCGCAUUGCCGCUGCCGCUCUUUCUGACACCCUGUUGAUAUUCGAUGCAUUUUACGAUGUUCAAGAGAAAGCAGAUAAAGCAAAUAAGUAUGCCAUGCAAGUAGUGCAGAGUUGGGCGGACGCAGAAUGGUUCACAAAGAAGAGCCCACCACCAUCAAAAAUCACUGUAACAGUGUUCAAAGUGCCAGGUGAAACAAAUACCGAUGAUCUUUCGCCCGCUCAAGAUGCAUGGAGUCGCCCCGAUAUUCCUCUGCACGCCCUUGCGAUGCUCAAAUCACCGCGUGAAGGAAUUCAAAACCCGAUUUCUCAAAUCGACGAACUCAAAAAACUUGGAUAUCCACUGGCGUAUGUUGGCGACGUCGUUGGGACUGGUUCGUCACGUAAGUCUGCAACGAAUUCUGUCUUGUGGCACAUGGGUAUUGACAUUCCGAACGUUCCCAAUAAACGCACUGGAGGAGUAUGCAUCGGUGGUAAAAUUGCUCCAAUUUUCUUCAACACAAUGGAGGACAGUGGGGCAUUCCCUAUCGAGAUGGACGUGAAGAAUAUACACAUGGGUGAUGUCAUAGAUAUAUUCCCGUAUGAGGGUUUAGUCAAGAAACAUGGCACAAAUGAGGUUAUCACAACUUUUUCCCUGAAGAGUCCUGUGCUAUUGGAUGAAAUUCAGGCUGGUGGGCGCAUCCCACUCAUUAUUGGUCGAUCGUUGACUGAUAAAGCUAGAAAUGCAUUGGGUCUAGAGCCUUCUGAAGUAUUUCAAGUGCCCCAGGUCUCUAAAUCACGUUCUAAGGGGUUUACACUCGCACAGAAGAUGGUGGGGAAGGCAUGUGGUGUGGCUGGGAUACUUCCCGGCACAUACUGCGAACCUCGUGUAACGACUGUGGGGAGUCAAGAUACGACUGGUCCUAUGACACGUGACGAGUUGAAGGAUCUGGCUUGUCUUGGUUUCACCGCCGAUUUAGUCAUGCAGUCUUUUUGCCAUACGGCUGCAUAUCCCAAGCCUGUUGAUGUUGACACUCACCACACUCUCCCCACUUUUAUUCGCAACCGUGGCGGUGUAUCGCUUAGACCAGGAGAUGGGGUCAUACACAGCUGGCUGAAUCGUAUGCUCUUACCUGAUACAGUAGGUACAGGUGGCGACUCGCACACUCGAUUCCCGAUUGGGAUUUCGUUUCCAGCUGGCUCUGGUUUAGUAGCAUUCGGUGCUGCCACUGGAGUUAUUCCUCUCGACAUGCCAGAAUCAGUACUUGUUCGUUUCACUGGGCAUCUACAGCCAGGUAUUACUUUGCGGGAUCUUGUCCACGCUAUUCCACUGCAGGCAAUUGAAGAUGGAUUACUUACAGUCGCAAAAGAAGACAAAGUCAACGCCUUUAGUGGGCGUAUUUUGGAAAUUGAAGGUCUUGAGCAUCUGAAGUGUGAACAAGCAUUUGAACUGUCAGACGCUAGUGCUGAAAGAAGUGCGGCUGGCUGUACAAUUAAGCUCGACGAAGCAAGCGUAAAGGAGUAUCUUACUAGUAACGUUGCUCUUCUUAAGUGGAUGAUAGCCAAUGAUUAUGGUGAGGUUCGUACUCUCGAGCGCAGAAUCCUCGCGAUGCAACAAUGGCUCGCUGCCCCAGAGCUUUUACGGGCUGAUGAUGAUGCUGAGUACGCUGCGACGAUCGAAAUUGAUUUGAACGCAAUCACAGAACCUAUAUUAUGUGCACCGAAUGAUCCAGAUGACGCACGUACACUUUCUUCUGUAGUUGGUGAUAAAGUUGACGAGGUGUUCAUAGGCUCUUGCAUGACGAACAUUGGUCAUUUCAGAGCUGCGGCAAAGCUUUUGAACGACAAUCUCAGUCAGCUUCCCACUCGACUUUGGGUGGCACCCCCAACAAAGAUGGACGAAUUGCAGCUGAAAGUUGAAGGACAUUACAGCACUUUUGCUACGGUAGGCGCGAGGACAGAGAUGCCAGGGUGCUCUUUGUGUAUGGGAAACCAAGCGAGAGUUGCUGAAAAGAGCACAGUAGUUUCUACAAGUACUCGGAACUUUCCCAAUCGUCUUGGUAAAGGUGCAAAUGUUUAUCUAGCAUCUGCAGAACUUUCUGCUGUUUGCGCGAUUCUAGGCCGAAUACCAUCAAAGGAAGAAUACUUGAGCCAUGUUGAAGUGCUUACGAACAGUACUGACACGUACCAGUACCUCAACUUCGACAAAUUGAGCUAUUACACAGAUGUACGCGAGUAA